AUGGAGUUUGUGUGGACGCUGGGGCUCGCGCUGGCGCUGGCGCUGGGGCCUGCGCCCGCUGGGGGACACCCACAGCCGUGCGGCGUUCUGGCGCGCCUCGGGGGCUCCGUGCGCGUGGGCGCCCUUCUGCCCCGCGCGCCCACCGCCCGCGCCCGCGCCCGCGCCGCCCUGACUCGGGCCGCGCUGGCGGCGCGGCUGCCGCACAACCUGAGCCUGGAACUGGUGGCCGCGGCGCCCCCUGCCCGCGACCCCGCCUCGCUGGCCCGGGGCGUCUGCCAGGCGCUGUCGGCGCCCGGCGUGGCGGCCCUGCUCGCGUUCCCGGAGGCGCGGCCCGAGCUGCUGCAGCUGCACUUCCUGGCGACUGCCACCGGGACCCCCGUGCUCAGCGUGCUGCGGCGGGAGGCGCGCGCGCCCCUCGGCGCCCCGACCCCAUUCCACCUGCAGCUGGACUGGGGCUGCCCGCUGGACACCCUGCUGGAGGUCCUUGUGUCUGUGCUGCGGGCCCACUCCUGGGAGGACGUCGGCCUGGUGCUCUGCCGCACCCGGGACCCCGCAGGUCUGCUGGCCCUCUGGACACGCCGGGCCGGCCGGGCGCCCCGGCUCGUGCUGGACCUGAGCCGGCCCGACACCGGGGCUGCGGGGCUGCAGGCACGCCUGGCCCCGCUGGGGGCGCCGGUGGGCGCAGAAGCCCCAGUGCCCGUGGCCGUCCUGCUCGGCUGUGACGCGCCCCGUGCCCUCCAGGUGCUGGAGGUCGCGCCCCCGGGGCCCCACUGGCUGCUGGGCACUCCACUGGCUGCUGAGGCCCUGCCCACAGCGGGCCUGCCGCCCGGGCUGCUGGCGCUGGGCGAGGUGGCCCGGCCCCCGCUAGAGGCCGCCAUCCACGACGCCGUGGAGCUAGUGGCCCGGGCUCUGGGCAGUGCGGUCCUCGUGCAGCCAGAGCCCCCCCUGCUCCCCGCCAAGGUCAGCUGUAAGGACCUGCAGGCAGCCGGGUCAGACUCCUGGGGGCGCUUCCUGGCCCGGGUCCUGGCCAACACGUCUUUCCAGGGCCACACGGGGCCAGUGUGGGUGACCAGCACCUCCCGGGUGCACCUGUCUCGGCGAUUCAAGGUGUGGAGCCUGCGCAGUGACCCGCUGGGCGCCCCGGCCUGGGCCACACUGGGCAGCUGGCGGGACGGGCGGCUGGAGCUGGAGCCGGGCGCUGCCACGGCCGCCGUGCGGCCCCCACCCCCGCCGGGAGCCCAGGCCCGGCCCAAGCUGCGCGUGGUGACGCUGGUGGAGCACCCCUUCGUGUUUGCCCGGGAGCCGGAUGAGGACGGGCAGUGCCCGGCGGGGCAGCUGUGCCUGGACCCCGGCACCAGCGACUCGGCUGCCCUGGACGCGCUGUUCGCCGCACUGGCCAACGGCUCGGCGCCCCGGAGCCUGCACAAGUGCUGCUACGGCUACUGCAUCGACCUCCUGGAACGGCUGGCCGAGGAUGCACCCUUCUCCUUUGAACUGUACAUCGUGGGGGACGGCAAGUACGGCGCCCUGCGGGACGGCCGCUGGACCGGCCUCGUGGGCGACCUGCUGGCCGGCAGGGCUCACAUGGCCGUCACCAGCUUCAGCAUCAACUCGGCCCGUUCCCAGGUGGUGGACUUCACCAGCCCCUUCUUCUCCACCAGCCUGGGCAUCCUGGUGCGGGCCCGUGACACGGCCUCGCCCAUCGGCGCCUUCAUGUGGCCGCUGCACUGGUCCAUGUGGCUGGGCGUGUUCGCCGCGCUGCACCUCACUGCGCUCUUCCUCACGCUGUACGAAUGGCGCAGCCCCUACGGCCUCACGCCCCGCGGCCGCAACAGAGCCACCGUGUUCUCCUACUCCUCCGCCCUCAACCUCUGCUACGCCAUCCUGUUCGGCCGCACGGUGUCCAGCAAGACGCCCAAGUGCCCCACCGGCCGCUUUCUCAUGAACCUCUGGGCCAUCUUCUGCCUGCUGGUGCUGUCCAGCUACACGGCCAACCUGGCUGCCGCCAUGGUCGGGGACAAGACCUUCGAGGAGCUGUCGGGGAUCCACGACCCCAAGCUGCACCACCCGGCCCAGGGCUUCCGCUUCGGCACGGUGUGGGAGAGCAGCGCCGAGGCCUACAUCAAGAAGAGCUUCCCGGAGAUGCACGCGCACAUGCGGCGCCACAGCGCGCCCACCACGCCGCAUGGCGUCGCCAUGCUCACGAGCGACCCCCCCCAGCUCAACGCCUUCAUCAUGGACAAGUCGCUGCUGGACUACGAGGUCUCCAUCGACGCCGACUGUCGGCUGCUGACCGUGGGCAAGCCCUUUGCCAUCGAGGGCUACGGCAUCGGACUGCCGCGGAACUCGCCGCUCACCGCCAACCUGUCCGAGUUCAUCAGCCGCUACAAGUCCUCCGGCUUCAUCGACCUGCUGCAUGACAAGUGGUACAGGAUGGUGCCGUGCGGGAAGCGGGUCUUCGCGGUGACCGAGACCCUCCAGAUGGGCAUCAACCACUUCUCGGGACUCUUCGUGCUGCUGUGCCUGGGCCUGGCCAGCGCCCUGCUCAGCUCCCUGGGCGAGCACGUCUUCUUUCACCUGGUGCUGCCCCGCAUCCGCAGGAGCCCGCGGCUGCAGUACUGGUUGCACACCAGCCAGAAAAUCCACCGAGCCCUCAACACCGAGCCGCUGGAGGGGCAGGAGGAGCGGCUGGAGCCGGAGCCCAGCGGCCCCGAAGAGCAGCGGCAGGACGCACUCGCCGAGUCGGAGGGCACGGCGCGCUGGAAACGGGUGCGCCGGGCGGCGGGCAAGGAGCGCCGCGUGCGCUUCCUGCUGGAGGCCGCCGCGCCCGCCGCGGAGCCCGAGGGCCCCGUCUGGCCGUGCUCCAACGGCCGCCCGCCCGGCGCGCCGCACCCUGGCGAGCUGCAGGCGCUGGAGCGGCACAUCGAAGUGGUGCGGGAGCGGCUGCGCCAGGCCCUCCUGCGGCGCGGCGACCUCCUGGCCCAGCUCAGGGACGGCGCCCGCCACCGGCCGCUGCACCUGCUGCAGGGCAGAGCAGCCCCCGCGGGGCCCCGGUGA